AUGUCGAGAUUGUGUGACCUUUUUGUAAAUGAUUCACUGCUCAAUCUGGAGACAAUGGUGUUGGUAACUCAUAAACUGCAGGGUUCAGAUGUCUUGUUUACUUGGAGUUCACCAACGUGGAACAGAGGCUUGCUUAUCAAAAGACCUGUUACGUCAGUACGUUUUGUUGGGAGCAAAGAAAAGCAUUUACGAUUGAAGCAAAAAUGUUGUUUUACUUUAGGGUCUCCUUGCAGUGACGGGUUGAAAGCAAAAUCUUUCAAGGUUACAUCCUUCAAAGGCAGCAAUCAAAAUAGCGAAUCAGGAGGAAGAGAGAGUGGGAAGAAAGUUACUAAUAACUCGGUCAAACUAUCUUACCGUUCAGAUGAUGACGAAAACAAUGUGAACAGCUCUCCAAAGGCACAGAACACAUCGGUUUCAUAUACCUCGGAAACAGAUGAUUCAGUCACAGGACAACCUGCUAUUCAGAAGCUAUUCAAGAAAUGGUUAACACUGUUACGCACACAGUCACCUAUUCAAGUGACUGACGAGUCUUUGGGAGGAGAAGAGGCUCCACAGACUACAAAGGCAGAAACUGAAACAGAGAUCAAGAAAACAGAAAGCCUUCAGAGUAGUAAAAGUACAUUGUGGACCUUGUUUUGGAGUCUAGACGCAUCUAUCAAGAUUCCGUUGCUGCUAUUUGUUCCAGCUUUCCUAGCUGUUAACGCAAUCUAUGGAGCUGAAGUUACAAAGGAGCUAUCUCCUCUGUGGAUAGUUGGCCCCUUGAUCGUUGCCCUCUAUGUCAAAAUGUUCCAAGGACUAUGCACCCUUUACGCCUUCUGCUUCAAUCAAAGCACCAAAGUGAUAAGAAACCUACCAUCUUAUUACAUCAUAGCAUACCAUUACAUCACCCAAGGCAAGCUCAGAGACGACGUGAGAGGUGUAGUGACUCGACCAAUGGUGGCUAUCAAGAACGCUGACUACAAAGAGCUCACACGCACCAAACUGAAACAGUUGCAAGAAUGGAUCGUUGAGAAGUACUUGGAUUUUGUUGAAUCUAUAUGGCCUUAUUACUGCAGAACUAUCAGAUUCCUGAAGAGGGCUAACCUGAUUUGA